AUGCAAAACUGCCUUGGGGCAUUAGAUGGCACGUACAUCAAGGUGAACGUGUCGCAAACCGAUAGGCCUAGGUAUAGAACACGUAAGGGAGAAGUUGCCACAAACGUCCUCGGUGUGUGUGAUACGAAAGGCGACUUCGUCUUCGUAUUGGCUGGUUGGGAAGGGUCCGCAGCAGAUUCGUGCAUUCUUCGAGAUGCUAUUGCACGACCAAAUUGGUUGCAUGUUCCUCAGGAGGGAUUUCUAGCUCCUUAUAGAGGACAAAGAUACCACUUGCAAGAGUGGCAAGGAGCGAGAAAUGCCCCUGCCGCCGCGAAAGAGUACUUCAACAUGAAACAUUUUGCCGCAAGAAAUGUUAUUGAACGAGCGUUCGAUUUGUUGAAGGAUCGAUGGACAAUCCUUCGCGGCAAGUCGUACUAUCUCGUGCAAAUUCAAUGUCGAACAAUUCUAGUGUGUUGCCUACUACACAAUCUCAUCAACCGCGAGAUGACGAAUGUCGAUUUCGUUGACGACGUUGACGAAGGAGACUCCACCUACGCGACAAUUGGAGGUGAUGACAUUCAAUUCGUUGAGAACUCAAACGAAUGGACGCAAUUGAGGGAUGAUUUGGCCGCAGAGAUGUUCAAUGAAUGGCAGUUGCAUAACGAAUAG